CGCCCGUUGCGUAACUACGUGGAUGAACGUCAACAUGGCUGAAUCCAUGAGAGCAGCUGCCGAGAGUUGAUGUGGCACUGAAAAGAAGCGGCGGCAGUGGCUUGAGCUUAAUAAAUCACAUUUAUUUGGUAGAUUAAGUUGUACAAAUCCGGUCACCAUGUAUCUCCAGAAGAUGUUCUCCUGUUCUCAGCUUUUAGCAAGACCAAAUGCUCUGCAAACAUUCAAAAGAGCUGCUUCACAAGGCAAAAAUCCCACUUCCUCCCCAUUUCUCACACUCCAUGUGCGUCAGUGGAGUAACGUGCCUUUUUUUACAGUGCCGUUGGCACGGGCUCACGGUAAGUCAUUUGCCCACCGCAGUGAUCUGCGCCAGGCCAAGAGAAUCGUCGUCAAGUUGGGGAGUGCUGUUGUAACCCGCGGCGACGAGUGCGGCCUCGCUUUGGGCCGACUUGCUUCAAUUGUAGAACAGGUGGCCAUGCUUCAGAAUCAGGGCAGAGAGAUGAUGAUUGUGACCAGUGGUGCGGUAGCAUUUGGAAAACAAAGGCUGAGGCACGAAAUUCUUCUCUCACAGAGUGUCAGACAAGCCCUCCACUCAGGCCAGAAUCAGCUCAAAGAUAUGUCACUGCCAGUUCUAGAGGCGAGAGCAUGUGCCGCUGCGGGACAAAGUGGACUUAUGGCUCUGUAUGAAGCUAUGUUCACUCAAUACAGCACCUGUACUGCCCAGAUCCUGGUAACAAACCUGGACUUCCACGACGACCAGAAAAGACGGAACUUGAAAAGCACUCUGCAUGAGCUGCUGCGUAUGAACAUCGUGCCCAUCAUCAACACCAACGACGCUGUGGUCCCUCCCCCAGAACCCAACAGUGACCUACAGGGGGUAAAUGUUAUCAGUAUCAAGGAUAACGAUAGUCUUGCAGCGCGACUUGCCGUGGAGAUGAGGGCAGAUCUUCUCAUCGCUCUCUCUGAUGUAGAAGGCCUUUACGACAGCCCACCAGGGUCAGACGAUGCCAAGCUCCUGGACACAUUUUACCCUGGGGACCAGCAUUCCAUAACCUACGGCACAAAGUCCAGGGUUGGCAUUGGAGGAAUGGAAGCUAAGGUUAAAGCUGCUCUCUGGGCUCUCCAAGGUGGGACAUCUGUUGUCAUUGCUAACGGUACACACCCCAAAGUCACAGGUCAUGUGAUCACUGACAUUGUUGAGGGCAAGAAAGUAGGAACCUUCUUCUCAGAGGUCAAGCCAGCUGGUCCCACAGUCGAGCAGCAGACAGAAAUGGCUCGCUCUGCUGGCAGGACUCUUGCUUCCCUUGAACCAGAGCAGAGAAGUGACAUCAUCUGUGCAUUGGCUGAUCUCCUAACUGAGAGGAAAGACCAAAUCUUAUCUGCUAACAAAAAGGACAUGGAGCAUGCUGUCAGCACAGGUCGUCUGUCUCCGGCCAUGCUGAAGCGACUCAGUUUAUCAUCAUCUAAACUGAACAGUCUAUCCAUUGGCCUGCGUCAGAUCGCAGUAUCCUCUCAGGACAGCGUUGGCAGGGUUCUGCGCAAGACUCGUGUGGCAAACAACCUGGAGCUGGAGCAGAUCACUGUCCCCAUAGGAGUACUGCUGGUCAUCUUUGAGUCACGACCAGACUGCCUUCCUCAGGUUUCUGCUUUAGCCAUUGCCAGUGGAAAUGCUCUUUUGUUGAAAGGUGGCAAAGAGGCGGCCAACACGAAUCGCAUCCUGCAUGAACUUGCCCAGGAGGCUCUGUCCAUCCAUGGAGUCAAAGACGCCAUCCAGCUGGUGAGCACACGUGAAGAGGUGGAGGAUCUGUGCCGUCUGGAGAAGAUGAUUGAUCUGAUCAUUCCUCGUGGCUCCUCUCAGCUAGUCAGAGAUAUUCAGCGAGCGGCGAAGGGCAUCCCUGUUCUUGGCCAUAGUGAGGGGAUCUGCCAUGUUUAUGUGGACCAUGAGGCCAGUGUUGACAAAGCCAUCAAGAUCAUCCGAGACUCCAAAUGCGACUACCCUGCAGCCUGUAAUGCCAUGGAAACCCUGCUGGUGCAUCGAGAACUUCUCAGAACCCCAUUGUUUGAUCAGAUCAUCGACAUGCUGAGGACAGAACAUGUGAAGAUCCACGCCGGCCCCAAGUUUGCAUCUUACCUGACCUUUAGUCCGUCAGAGGUGAAGUCUCUGCGCACUGAGUACGGGGAUCUGGAGUGCUGUAUCGAGGUUGUGGACAGUAUGCAGGAGGCUGUUGAUCACAUUCAUAAAUACGGCAGUUCCCACACGGAUGUUAUUGUCACUGAAAAUGAGGACACAGCAGAGCAGUUCCUUCAGCAAUUAGAUAGUGCCUGUGUCUUUUGGAACGCCAGCUCACGGUUCGCUGACGGAUAUCGUUUUGGUCUCGGCGCGGAGGUUGGCAUCAGCACGGCCCGUAUUCAUGCCCGUGGGCCUGUGGGGUUGGAAGGGCUUCUCACUACCAAAUGGGUCUUACGGGGCGAGGGCCACACAGCUGCAGAUUUCUCUGAGCAGGGCAGCAUGACGUAUCUGCACGAGAAUCUUCCGGUGGCACGGGUUCUUCCUGGACGAAGAACCACCAGCUAGAGUCGUGAAGUAAAAGCAUCUACAGUCAAGAAUCUAUUGCAUCUUAAGUAAAAGCUCACCCACUUAAAACCUCUUUCAAGACUCCCAUCAGGCAGUGUAUUUGGAGUAAGUGUGAAUACAAGGAAAAUCAUCUGUGGAUCGAGAGCUGUUCAGUGAGCUCAUACAUUAAAAUUUUUCCAAAUACACACAUUUUAGUCAAGUGUGUCUUGUUCUCAGAAAGACCCAGUUGAACUUACUGUAUAACCACAGAGUGAACAAGGAAUUUUGCUUAAAGCUGUGGUCCAUCUGAUUGUUUUUGUCAUUUGUGCAUUGUAUUAUGUUCUUUUGAGUAGAAAAACGUAUUACUGAUCUUGGCAAAAAUAAUGACAGCUUCACUCCAGUAUGGAGUGAAUGAAAAUACACCUCCCGUAUUGCCCAUGUUGUAAUAUUUAAUGUGUGGAAAAUGCAAUAGGGAUUCUGAAAUGCAUAUUAUGAAAUUUGAAAGCAUAUCGUGUACACAUAACUUCAGCUUUAAUGGGGAAAAAUAAUUUUUAUGUGGCAUAGUGCUUACCAUAUACAACAUCACAUAAAAAAACUGUAUUAACUGAAAAAGAAAAUAUUUUUCAUUUGCCAUAGUGCUAGUCAUAUACAGUGCAGCAUAAGAAAACGAAUUAAUUGAAAAGGAAAACUAGUAUUUUCAAGCUGCUCUCUGUAUAAGUUGCUUUUAUUGAAAAAACAAAAACCUGUGUUUUCCUGUGCAUUACCUCUCUCAUUUUGCAUUUUUUCUUAUGCUCACUGCUUUUUAAUCAUGAAUAAUGUGCAGACCUGUAGACAUUUCUGUGUUAUUGCUGUAAAAUUCAUCCGGGACGGGCAGAUUUUGUCCUGAACUGCUUCAAAAAGACCGUUAUCUGUACGUUAAAGUUCUGUAAUGCUCAACAAAAUAGUGAUGCUUAAUAGUAUGAAAAGUAUUCUGAAGAUGUUCACAAUUUUUGUAUGUAGAAUAAAUUUCUUUUUUUGUACUUUCAAAAUGCUUCAGGAUACCUGAAAGAUGAAUUUGUACCUGAAAGAUGUUUGGAGAAGGAUUUAGCGAGGAAACUGACAAGUAUUGGGGCCAUUUUUAACUUAAUUAAUAAUCUUUCUUAAGUACAGUUCAGUGUGGAAAACAUCAAGAGGCAAUUCUGUAGGGAGAGAGAGACUUGCCAAGCACUAAGUGGGACAUGGAAGAGUGAAAACAAUACUACAGAGGAUUAAUUAUGUUGCUAUUAGGAAAGAAGAGACUGCGAGAAGACUGAGGCUUGCCAUUAAAGUGCCAGUGCCUUUUGACUCGCAACUUCUUUUUAUUCUCCAAAAUGUGCGGUUUACGCUCAAUGAGCCUUCAUCAGAAACUAAAAAGAUCCAGAGAUGAAGAGAAACAAAGUCUCAUUCAUCUGUUAUUGUGUUCCAACUUUACUGCGUAAGAUCUGUGAUCAAUGACUGUUUGGAUGAAAGAGGUUAAAAAAAAUGCUCAAAUGAGGAGAAUGUUACUGCCAAAUCAGGAGACGGUAAUACAGGUGCAGUCGUAGACCCUAAAACUGUACUUUUGGAUGUAUUUUGUCAGUGCAGUUUUAUGUUCAAAUUAUGACUGCUAAAUAAUUCUUGAUUUGUUACUACUGUGCAUCAACCUGCACGCAAUAUUUCACACGUCUAACAGUUUAAGGAAUAUGGAUGUGAAAUUUAAAAGAACCGGUCUCAUGGCAAGCCGUCGGACUUUCACAGUCAGUACAGCUUUAAUUGAACAUUACUUGAGGCGAAAACUCAUAUUUCUUGUGCUUGCUUGAUCUUUAGUGACUCAAAUGUGCUCCCUGCAGAGCUUAAUUUUUUCAAAUCAAUAAUUAAUCGUCAAAGUUAUUUAUUCAUUUGUAUCUUUGCCAAUUAUGGGCUUCUAAUUAACAGUUUCAAUAAUUGAUAUUUAUCUCUGAAAGAGCUCGGUAUCCAUUCCUUAUGAAAAAUACAUGAGCUGAGAUAUGGGUUUGGUUUUGUUUUGUGUUCUGAGAGAGCCGCAUGCUCGGGGCUAAGACCAGGCCACUUUGACUUUUCCUCUUUGAGUCUGCGUUGCCCUAUGAUGUGCUGCUAAUAUGGGGCCUCUUUCAAGGGCCCAAAGCGCCUACUAGACAUCAUGUGAUCUUAUAAAAGUCUUCUGCUCUACCAUCCUCAGAUACCCCUUUUUUUGUUCUUUAAUAACUAAGUUCAAAGAACAAGCGGUUUGCUUAAUAAUUUUCUUUUGUCUCUCAGGCAUGAGAUGACGUCAUGUACGAUCAAGCCGAUGGACGUAUCCUGCAUGC